AUGUUCAUUCUUAGCACGAUACAAGACCUGAUCCAGAUCAAGCCCCACGACUUCGGCAAGCCCUCAGCCCAAGCCAUUAAAGACGCCAUCAACACCAAGUAUAGCAACAAAGUCGUGCCCGGGGUCGGCCUCUGCAUCGCGCUCUGGGACCUGCUGUCCGCGACAGAAGGCCUGAUCGGGCAUGGCACAGGCCUCGUCAACAUCAACGCGGAAUUUCGACUUGCUGUCUUCCGCCCCUUCCGUGGUGAAAUCAUCUAUGGGCGCAUCAAGAGCAGCAAUCCUGAAGGCAUUGUGAUUGAUCUCGAUUUUACGAGUGAAAUCUUCGUGCCGUACCAGAAUCUCUUUGAGAACAGCAGGUUUGAGAAGAGUGAGAACGUGUGGGUCUGGAACUCGGAUGGCACAGAGCUGUUUUUGGAUAAGGGCGAGCCGGUGCUGUUCAGGGUUGAGCAGGAGGAGUGGAUCGACCAGAGGCCUACGAUCGAGCAGCGGAAUGAACAGGGUGAAGUCGUUGAUGAGCGGGGAACAGCAUGGAGAGUCAUUGGCUCGAUGAACCAGGCCGGUCUGGGACCGACGCUCUGGUGGGACGAACAAGAAGGCGAAGAGGAAGGCGAGGAAGGCGAUGCCAUGGAAGAGUAA